UAACGUCAAAUCGUAGAAUGUCAACAAAUCAGAUGAUCAAAUUUUCGAUCAGGUGACGAUAUUUCAUUAUUUUGGGCUGCUGCUUGCUGGAAAAUAUAGGUUACAAUGGCACUCUUGUCCGCAGUCAAAGGAAAACUUAUUUCGGUCAUCGGAGACGAGGACACCUGUGUCGGCUUUCUGCUAGGAGGCAUUGGGGAAAUCAACAAAAAUCGUCACCCAAAUUUCAUGGUCGUCGAUAAGAACACGGCAGUCAGCGAAAUUGAGGAUUGCUUCAAACGCUUCAUCAAGCGUGAUGACAUCGAUAUCAUUUUGAUCAAUCAAAAUUACGCGGAGAUGAUACGCCACGUGAUUGACGCGCAUACGUCUCCAACACCAGCCGUACUGGAGAUUCCUUCGAAGGACCACCCAUAUGAUGCCAGCAAGGAUUCGAUUCUCCGCCGUGCUAAGGGUAUGUUCAAUCCGGAAGACUUGCUCGGAAGCCGUGGUUAGUCUCCAGUCUUGCUCUGGCUUGCACAACAACCGAUAUUCGUUAUAUAUGUAAUAAAACUAUUGCUAUAAUUAGUUGAAUAAAGCCAUUGCACCCUGUGUCGUGAUCGUAAGUCCA